CGUGACGUCACGCGCAGUCCCAAGCACCGCGUGACGUCACGCUCCCGACAACCAUGGCCACCGGCGGCAGCAGCUAGGAGGAGAAGGCUCAGGGUGAACGUUUCAAUCCGCCGCAUCCGCCGCGCUCGCGCGCCUCAGCCGCCAACAUUUCGAGCGGAACAUAUCCCGCACAAGUCGCCGCGCUCGCCGGCGCCAAUAUUUCUGCGAUCCCGCGCAAGACCCACCAUUGUCCCCGCAGCUCGGCGAGCGCCACGGCGACCCGGCCUCGAACCAUGGAGUUGCGCAUCGGCAAUAAGUACCGGCUGGGCCGAAAAAUCGGCAGCGGCUCCUUCGGCGACAUCUACCUGGGCACCAACAUCGCGACGGGUGAGGAGGUGGCCAUCAAGCUAGAGUGCGUGAAGACCAAGCACCCUCAAUUGCACAUUGAGAGCAAGAUCUACAAGCUGCUGCAGGGCGGGGUCGGCAUCCCCGUGAUCAAGUGGUGUGGCGCGGAGGGCGACUACAAUGUGAUGGUGAUGGAGCUGCUAGGCCCCAGCAUGGAGGACCUCUUCAACUUCUGCUCCCGCAAGUUCAGCCUUAAGACCGUGCUGCUGCUCGCUGACCAGAUGAUCAGCCGCAUCGAGUACCUGCACUCGAAGAACUUCAUCCACCGUGACAUCAAGCCCGACAACUUCCUUAUGGGCCUGGGCAAAAAGGGCAACCUCGUCUACAUCAUCGACCUGGGCCUGGCGAAGAAGUACCGCGACUCGCGCACCCACCAGCACAUCCCCUACCGCGAGAACAAAAACCUGACGGGCACGGCGCGAUACGCCUCCAUCAACACCCACCUGGGCAUCGAGCAGAGCCGGCGGGACGACCUGGAGUCCCUGGGCUACGUGCUCAUGUACUUUAACCUGGGCUCGCUGCCCUGGCAGGGCCUAAAGGCGGCCACAAAGCGCCAGAAAUACGAGCGCAUCAGCGAGAAAAAGAUGUCUACGCCGAUCGAGAUGCUCUGCAAGACUUACCCCUCCGAGUUUGCGACGUACCUCAACUUCUGCCGCUCGCUGCGAUUCGACGACAAGCCCGACUACUCGUACCUGCGGCAGCUCUUCCGCAACCUGUUCCACCGGCAGGGCUUCUCCUACGACUACGUGUUCGACUGGAACACGCUCAAGUUUGGAGGCAGUCGUGCCGGCCAGGAGGAGGCCGGGCGAGAGCGGCGUGAGCGGGAGGAGCGACUCAACGGCACGCACGCUCACGUGCCUACACGCGCGCUGCCCGGCUCGGCCGCUGGCAGAAUCCGGCAGGACCACGCUGCCAUGCCAGCCCCCCUCUCUCCCACACACCAGCCUCCCGGGGUGGUGGGUACCCGUCCAUCCGUGCGCCCCGAGCAGGACCGCAAGGUGAGCAUGCGUCUGCACCGCGCCGCGCCCGUCAACCGCUCCUCCUCCGACCUGACGGGCGGGCAGGAGCCCCUCCCCCGCGUCGCCUCCAAGUAUUGUAGCUCACUGCCGCCUGCCACUGAGCGACUGCGCCACUAUGCCAAACGGACACGCGUUGGCGCGUUCAUGACGCUGCCUGCCGCCAUCUCGUCCAGCAGCGGGCUGAACUCGGCAGCCCUGCGCCGGAGCAGCGCGUCGGGCCGGGCCGAAGACGGAGACGCCAUGUCGCGCUCCAACUCCUCCCGCGUGCUCAAGAAGUGACGGCCCCCGCUCCCCCCGUGCCCCCCUCCCCCUCCGUGCCAGCCCCCCACAAGACUCUCCUCCCCCCGUCGCGCCCGGGACGAGCAGCCCUCUGGACCGCGCGCCACCCACGGCGCCGCGGCUGCUUCUCUCCGCGCCGCCCACGUGCGUGAAGAGCGCCCCCCCACGACCCCACGCUCACGGCGGAACCCGGCUUUCCCCCCCCCCCCCCCCCCCCCCCGCGGCUCUUGGAACCCCUCCCCUGCGUGCCCUCCCCCUCCCCUCCCAGGCGUGAACUGUGCUCACCCGGUGCCCGUAAAGAGGGAGAUGGAAUUUAAAACACGGCGCUGUCAACUGAACAAAACGUCCCCCCCCCCGCCGACACCGCCCGGCACAAUCUGCACUGUGACGCGUGGAGGGGGGAGGGGGUGUGGUGUGGGGCGGAGUGGUGGGGGGCGGAGUGGUGGGGGGGGUGUCGUGCUCAGUCUCCGACUACCGCGCGCGAUUUGCUGGCAACACCCCCAGCCCCUCCGCAUCGAGGUGUGCGGGGAGUUUCUCUCCCGUGGGGGAGGGGGGGAGUGGUUGGGGCUCGCGCGAAUGACGGCGUCAACCGGCGCACCUGCAGGGUGCCGAGCUGUGGCCUUGCGCUCCGCUGCUGCUGCUGCUGCUGCUGCGGACGGGCGGAGUGUGUUGCGGCCGUUGAGUCCGAUGCCUCGUCUUAGCUGAACCCCGUUAGACUGGGUUUAGAAAGCCGAGCCGUGUUAAAGACUGUUCUUAGCUGAGCCGGGUUAGACCCGGCUCGGCUAGGCAAUGUUGCCACCCGUCUUAGCUGAGCCGCGUUAAACCUGUCUUAUUGAGAGCUGUGUUUAAACGAUUUUAAUUGAGCUGUGUUUGGCUUUGGCUGAUCUUUAUUAGACAGGACUUGGUUUAAGCUGUGUUAAUCCGGUCUCAGCUGCACCGUUAGACUGGGAUUUAGCAGGACUGUGUUAAACGGACUGGGCUUGGCUGAGCUCUUAAGACCACACAAGUUGGAGGGGCUUGGAUUGGGAGGAGUUGGGGGGGGGGGCUGGCCCUGAUGGUGCUGGGAAGGUGGGGAGACUUGGCGACCGUGAGUCUGCUGCGCUUGUGCCAGCUCCAUGGGGGGGGGGUGCUUUGCUCAAAUGGCUCUUGGUUUUUUUCUUUUAUCCGUUUCUCUUGUGAAUUUCAUUUUCUCUUGGCUGUUUGUGUACUAAUGGGCAUAUUGCAUUUUUUGAGAUUGAAUGGGUUUUGGAUGCAGCCUUGAUUGUCCUGUUCAUGCUGGAAAAAGGCUUUUGUAAGCUAAACAUUCUGCAGAGUACCUUUUUUCCAAUCUGCUCUGCAAGUGGCCGCCACAUGAAUCUGCGACACCCCCCCCCAUCCACCCUCCGUGCGCGCACGGGUGGUUUCACGGCGCGACUGAUCGGCGCACCGUUGCCGCGCCCCACAAGCAACCGCCAAACAUGGGCGCGGAGAGAUCAACGCGGGCGGGCGGGCGGGCGGGCGGGCGCAAGCCGGAGAGAUCGUCGACUGAAGGCGGGCCCGGUUCUUCAGGAUGGCGACGACCUUUAAUGAACUCUGUCGAUUCUCUUAAUUCUUCCAAAAAUGAAUUUGUUGUGAGUUGUGUUUAACCCCCCCCCCUCCUUCCCCCUCUCUCCCCCUCCCUCCCCCUCUCUCCCCCUCCCCCAUCACAUGUAACCGUGCAAGGUCCCUCGAGCGUGUUAGUCGGUGGCCAGUGUGUUUGCUAGAAGAGUUGUCGGUGCUCAAUGUUGUUGGGAUUCAUUGAAAGAUGUUGUAGUUGAGAGAUUGUGGGGGGGAGGGGGGGGGGAUUUGCCGAGAUGGGGAGGGGGUCAGGGAGGAGCCGGCGGCGACGAGGUGAUUUAUGUUGCUCCGUCCACACUACGGAGUUAGGGGGGGGGGUCAGCGGGAAGCAAGUCGUAGGUUCCUGUGGAAGUCGUCGCGAUGUUGGCUGUGCGAGUCCCAUCGCCCAGGUCGCUUGACUGUGGACAAGGCUCGCCUGUGCCCAGUCCCCUGGCAGGCCGAGCAGGCCUUGAGCCCAGCCAUAACCAGCAGGGCCAUAGCCACACGCGCGUGCGUGGUUUGAAGCCGCGAUAUCCACGUAAGCCCUUCACGUUCAGAGUGCUGCUGCGGUGUUAUGGUUAUGAGUGGACACACCUGCAGUUUGUUGGUUGGCAAGGCAGUGUGUGGCAGGGUCAAUUGCUGCUCAUCUCAUCCGGGACAUGUCUGGCCACCGUGCAAAGUGAGACCAAAAUACCCUCCAGAGUGGCCCUCGGGCUCCCGUGUAGUGGAGGCUUUUCUGCCAACAGCAGCGGCGUUAGCAAGCAAUCGCAGGGCUGCACUUCUACCUGGAUAAAUGUUCUGAAUGUCGGAGCUAGGCUCCGCCCUUGGCGGUGUGCAGCUCGUGCUGCUUUACCCGCAUUGACCAGCGCGGUGAAGUAUGGCCAUGUAACUCUCAGCCCCGCAUUGUGCGGGGAGACCCUCCAGCAUUAGCUUGCCAACCAGGGCUGUAAAUGUUCUCUGCUUUAAACGACAGGUGUAGGUAAAAUGCCACUAAGAUGUUUGGUGCGCGGUGAGACGGCCUUGCCACCCCCCCCACCCAAACCCAGCGGUGGUUGGGGGUGCAGAGGUCGCACACUUUCCGCCGCUCUCUCGAGCGACGCGUGAACUGCGCACCGCUCGGUGUUGAGAGCUCCCGUUGCGUCUCCCGUAGCGGCGGCGUUCCUAGACUCACACCGCUCUGGUCUUCCCAGGGGGGGGUGGGGGUGGGGGGAGUGGGCGAACGGGGGUUGGGGGGGGGGUGACCCAUCUGGUGCGGGUGAAUUGGGGAAGGCACGGGGAUCUUUUUCAAUCAACCCUGGCUUCUAACGUCACUCGCUAGGCCGGUGUGGGUAACCACAGCCAAUCGGCAGGGUGAGCAGUCGGGGGUGAGCCCCCACCAUCCCACUAUGGCCCCCUGGUGACGAAGCCGCCACUCAGUUGGAUCCCCACCCGGUGUGGCGCUCUGUAGAGAAACGUUCAUAUCUUUUUUUUUCACUCCCCAACUUUAUUUUAGUUUUUUUUUUCCCGUGGAGUCUGCUUGCUUUCUGUAUUUAUUAAUGUCAGUCGUAGGUUUUAGCCAUAGAUAUAAGACAUUUAUAAUAAAAAAAAAUCUUUUUAAAGA